UGCCAGUCUGUGUUCUUGUGGUCCAACAUAAAUAGCAAUCAAGCUAAAAGCACCCCAUGUAGUAGCAUUUCGUUCGGUUGGGUAAAGCCAAAUCAAUGGUGAUUUUUCAGAAGUAGAGGAGUGAUCUCCCACAACAAGUUGUCUUUUGUUGAAGUGACUUUCUGCCUCUCAGAAACACAAACCAUCACAAUGAUGCUUUCCUUAGCUCUUCCUUCUUGUGUUCAUUUAGCCGUUUUUAUCCGUGGUCAAGAGCUGAAGCUGUACUUCUACUUCUAGAGAUCACCACAAUGAAGAAUACUUUCGGUUUCAAGCUAGAGUGUGUGUGUGAUUAAUGUUUCUGGUAUUGAGCUUCUCAUUAUGAUUUGAAGAGGUCUGAUGCAAGCAGGACGAGAGAGAGAGGAAGAGAAAAGCGAUUUAUCUGUAUCUCUCAGCCUCUGGCAAUGACGAGUAAAAAUAUUGGUCUAUCAUCAAAACGAGCACAGAGACAGUUGAGCGACAUCCUGUCGCCGCACCACUAGAAUCUGUCGCCGCGUGUCGAAGUAGCAUUUUGAGUGUAGCGGUCUUUAUGUAUCAUGAAACUCGGCUGUAGUGGUUGAGUGCCAAGUAAUCGCAAAUGAGGUGGAGGGACCCACAUACCUGCACAUACUUUUGUUUUCCAUCUUCUGCUGUUGAUAAUUGUUUUCAAUUUUUUAUAUUGUGAACAGGUACAUUGCACUGAUAAUUGUUUCUCGCUCGAUAAGGAGCUCCACCACCACCACGCCUCGUUCGAAGUUCCAGUUGUUCCUGUACGUUUAGCUCAAACAGUAGAUUUAGCAAGGUUGCUAUGUAAAUGGUUCCACCUUCUUCUGGAGGUAGAACUUCUAAGAAUUAUAUCAUCGCGUUCUUGUUGAUCGCAUAAACUAAAAUAAAAGCGAUCGAUUAUCGAUUUCGGUCAACGUUAUCAAAGUUUCAAAACAUUUUUCAAUUCUUCAAUUAAUCGAAGACCACAUCUCUUGAAAGAAAAUGGUAUCGCCUUGGUCAGAGGUGUGCUACUAUAGUAUGGUGGAGCCCGAUGAGGCAACCGCAACAUGGACAGGGAAUGCAAAGAACGUGUGCAUGUGCGCUGCUAUCGGUGGAAAGGACUUUUCCAUGGGCCUGACUGCUCCGCCAAGUGCAGAGGCAGGCUGGUGGGGCUGUGCAGGAAUCACGCAAGACCAGAGACAAGGUAACUUAUCUUUCACGAAUGGAAUGAAUGUUAUUUUUGCGAAUUUUUUUACAUCUUGCUCUGUCUGGUGCAUGCUCCGACCACGUGGUCUUCUUACUGUCUAGUUCUCAGAUGUAUUUUUCUGGGAAGACGUUCUUCAGGGUGAGUCUCCUGCGCAUUUUGUUUCAGUUUGAUUGGUCGUUGCAAUAAAAAAGACUCACGACAUCCACAGCUGGAGCUGGCGAAGCUGAGGGCAUUCAGACAGACGCCGCGUGGGAAAUGGUGUGGAGUGAGGAUCAAAACCGCGAUAUCAUGCAGGAUGACGGAAGUGAGGUUCCCACGCCAAUAUGCGAGUUUCAAACAGUUUUAAGUGCACUCGCGCACGACAACUCAAAGGGACCCCUGCCAAAUGUUAUGGAUACAGGAUCUUCGAUAAGGAUAAUGCAAGAAUCUUCAUCUAUCAUAACUCUGACUGAGUAGUUGUACUUUUUUUUACUUGGUGAGGUUGAUGUUGACAUCCCUAUAGGUACUCGCCAGCUGCAUGUGGUAGUAUAUUUUUACAAAGGCCCUUUUGGUUGUCGCUGUGCUGCUGAGGCUUAAUAUAGUAAUGAGAAUAAUAAAGUUGCACAUGAUCCACAUACCAUUUUUUGUCAAGACCUAGCACCGUGGUAUAUCGAUGAACAAUGCCACGUGCUUAUUACAACUACUCACCGUCAAAUCUCUAAAAAAGGGGUGUGGAUAGGUGGAGUGAAGCACACAGUUACGCGCAAAGAAAAGGAAGAAGGACCAGAAAAAGACCUCAAUUUUAUGCUCAUGAACGCGGCAAGAAAGGGAAAGAAAGGAUUCGCAAUUAUCUGUACUAGUGUCCUCUUUAUUGUUAGCGUUCUGAUAAAGAGACAUAAGUAAAUUCUUCCUUGUUCUUCUUUUUUUUUCGACUCUUCUACUGCAUGCUGUGGGAAGACUUCCUUGCGUAUUCAUGAUUGCUCCUCUUGAUAUUGCCUUAUUUUUUUUCCAAAACGUCGUGGUCCAGGUACUGACUACGACUUGGCGGGGAAGGCUGGCAUAGUGAUUGCGGGAUACAGCGAAAACGAGAAUGUACCUUUUUCGAUGGCAGCUGCUGUGGCUUUGGAGGCAGCCAAAUGGAUGACUUACGACGGGCUCGACAAGAGUGAGGGCAUUUACUACUAGAGGAUCAGCAGAAGGGAUCCACAGAAAUGAAUAGGGAGAAGUAGGAGAUGCCUGGUAAAUUACUUUUUUCCGAGAUUUUCUAGAACAAGUAGUGAAAUUUCUAACGACCACGAUUAUUUCUUGUGGUGUUGCGCGCUGUUGCCGACUACACCACCUGAGAUGCUUACAAUUGAUUAUCACCUAGUAAUUCUAAUUCCUUAAAAAGGUGAAGAAGUCACAGACAUCGGCAUGCACGGUUGCAUGUCGGUGUGGUUGUGAAGGACCCAUGUUUUGAAAAAUCCUUGACAAGACCCGGGCAGUUUGUAUUCUUUAGCAUAAUGCAGGAAGUACUUGAACUUUAGUAGCACAUCAAAUGAUGUUGAUAAAACUGCAAAUUGUAAAGAGAUAAGUGAAUUAACUUAAGGCGAUUUUGCGUCGUGAUUGAAAUGAUUCGUUUGACAACGAGCAAUUGAGGACUGCGUCCUGCGUCGCUCCUCAGGUGUUGUAAAAAAGGGCGUGUGAGUUUUGAUGGUCGUGUUCCUCGCGGCUGAUCUCUUGAAGAAAUAAUUCACAAGAUUCCCAUACUUCUGCGACAUCAGCAGCGAUAUCUUCUUGUUCGACAGUUCUAAAGAU